CACACACACACACACGAAUGAAUCAAGUCCAAGCAGCAGCUGAGAGGCAGAAAUGUGCGCCUCUGGGCAAAGGCGCGCCUGGAGUCUCCAAAAGCACCUUCAUGGCUGAGAGUCCCUGAGGACAAGUCCAACAGUUCAUUCCUCUUCUGCAGCAGUGAAGCUUCAGGACCCAGGACCCGAGACUGAAGUGUUGAUCAUGGGUAGAAGAGGAGCAGCCCAGAGAGAUGAGGAGUUCAGUUUUGUCAGUUCAGUCGUCAAAUAUUUACUUUUCUUCUUUAACAUCCUAUUUUGGAUUAUCUCAGUGGCGCUGAUGUGUAUUGGUGUGUACGCCAGAAUAAGCAAACAUGAGACGGCGAUGGCCUGUUUGACGGUGGACCCGUCCCUCCUGCUGCUGGUUGUCGGAGUCCUCAUGUUUCUCCUUACGUUCUGUGGCUGUGUGGGUUCUCUCCGGGAGAACAUCUGCCUCCUGCAGACGUUCUGCAUCUGCUUGACUGUCAUCUUUGUGAUGCAGCUGGUUGCAGGAAUUUUGGGUUUCGUCUUUUCCGACAAGGUGCGCUAUAAAGUGACAGAUAUGGUGAACGAUGCAAUCAAGCAUUACAGAGAUGAUCUGGACCUGCAGAACCUUAUUGACUAUGGACAAAAAGAGUUUUCCUGCUGUGGUGGUGUUUCUUACACGGACUGGUCACAGAAUAUCUAUUUCAACUGCACGGAUGACAACCCGAGCCGAGAGCGCUGUGCCGUGCCCUUCUCCUGCUGUCUCAUCUCCAAAGAUGAGGCUCUAAUAAACACUAUGUGUGGACAUGGCAUGCAGAACCUGGAGAUGAUGAGGGCCAGCUCUUUUAUCCACACCAAUGGCUGCAUUGACAAACUCGUCAACUGGCUCCACAGCAACCUGUUUCUGCUGGGAGGCAUAGCGCUGGGCCUCGCCAUCCCUCAGCUGGUGGGAAUCCUGCUUUCUCAGGUCCUGAUUAACCAGAUCCAAGAUCAGAUUAAACUUCAGGACUACACCUUGCAGCACCACUCAGACCCAUGGAGCUGAAGGACGUAUUGCAGACGUGGCACAGCUCUGUCUGACAUUUAGCAUCGUGCCUGUUGGGACAAUGAGUAUGAAGCCAAGCUAAGCAGCGUGCAGUAGAGAUACCUCUGUAUAAUGGGCAUGUUCAUAAGAAGAGUUUUAAAAGACCUCAGGUGAUGAUAUUGUUACAUGACGUGUUACAAAUGCUGUGGUUAUUACAUCACAUGCCACCUGAAAGUUUGGAUAAGAUGAAAAAAAAAAUCAGCCUUUUAUGCUGUGAUGUGAUAUUUAUUCAUUUGCACUAAGGGAACUUUUCAAUGACAGAUUUAAGUCACAAUUUUUUUUACAACCUGCCACGAAGUGCCUCCUACUGCUUCAAAGUUACUGAUCCUGUGCAACACAUGGACAGCUACGUACAGUAUAAUCAACAGUUAGCUGAUAUAUGUAUAUAGAAUAUAUAAAUGUUUUGUACAUUUCAGGGAUGGGUCAAUUUCCCCCUAAUAUCGCCCUUAGGAUGUUUUGUGUGUAAGGUCUAAUGUAUUUUUGCGUUAAAGCUUUCAUGUAUAUUUAUGUAACAUUUACCUGGAAAACUUCAAAUGUAUGUACACUGUAUCCUAUAAACAUUUUCUAAUUGCAGCUAACCCUACACAACGAUGUUAGAUCAUUUUACACUGUCUGCUGUUACACUGAUACAAUUUUUUCAUCUUAAUUGUAAACAAAUCAUAAAU